CUUCCUCUCUUUUCAAGCGCUAUUACCUAUUCCAUUGCUCUGAUUAAUGGCGUCCAAAAUCAAGUUUUAUUCUGUCAUGCUCUUGCUGAUGGUGGUCAUGGAACAAGCUUCCGGUUGUAGAGACCAGAAGUGCUUUUAUCCAAAAGCAAGGUCUCUUGAUUAUGAGAUUCAAGGCAGAAAGAUGCUACCUGUCAGCUCCAAGGAACCAACAACCACUGUAAAUGGCAAAAAAUUGGUGGUUCGAGAGUUAAGGACGGUUCCUUCUGGUCCAGACCCUCUGCAUCAUAAUGGCGGUACUCCCAAGAAGCCAACAACUCCAUGACCAAGCCAAAACACAUGCAUGGAGACCUUUAAUUAGUAUAUAUAUAAAUACAUAUAUAUAUGUUAAGUACUGAGGAAGAUGGCAAUGCCUUUUGUUUCAAUUUCCUCUGUUUCAUUUUUGAAGGGAAAUUAGUGUAUGUCGAUCUAAUAUUAUUUGGUUUACUAUGGUGGUAUUACAAAUGA